AUGAGUAUCGGACGUGGAUAUUCUUCUUCGCCGCUGUUGCCUGGAGUUUCGAGCCCAGUUUUUGGAUGUGGCGGGUGUGGAUCCAUUCCAAUACGUGACCAUUGCGUCAGCCUGUAUGGCAACGUAUCGGAGUGGGCACAUUCAAGCCCGACACGAUUGCCAUGGUGCCCACACACGGCUACAUCAACUCAACGAAUUACAGCCCUGAUUCGAUCCGGUGGUUGGACUUUGUUGCUGCUUCGGAAGAGAGAAAAGGAGGAAAAUCCAGAUCUCCAAGCUUUCCUGGAUCAACACCAUCUGAGGGACCGACUCAAUCCUCGAGAGUCAUUUUUUGGAGGAAGGACCAAUGCCCUCAAAUUGUUCCACGAGGGAGACGCAAAAUAUGUGGAUUUUACAUCACUCUAUCCAUGGGUGAACAAGUAUUGCGUCUACCCUGUGGGACAUCCAACAAUCAUCACGGAAAGCUUUAGAGAUGUGGAAGAUUAUUUUGGAAUUAUCCAAUGCCGAGUGAUUCCUCCACGGAAUCUGUAUCUUCCGGUACUGCCCUAUCGGUGCCGGAAGAAGCUGAUGUUCCCCCUGUGUCGGACUUGCGCCCUUCUUCAACUGCAGACUCCGUGUACCCACACAGACGACGAGCGAGCUCUUGUCGGAACGUGGGUAACGGAGGAAGUCAAACUGGCGAAAAAGAAAGGUUACCGCGUCACACAUAUUUACGAAGUGUACCAUUUCCAGGCAUCGUCUACUUCUCUGUUUCAGAUCAUACAUUGAUCUGUUUCUGAAGAUCAAGCAGGAAAGUAGCGGAUGGCCUUCGGAGUGUGUGACGGAAGAAGCCAGACUGAAGUACAUUCGCCAAUAUGAAGAAAGAGAGGGUGUCAAGUUAGACGCAGGAAAGAUUUCCAAGAACCCUGGGCGUCGCCAAGUCGCCAAGUUGGCCCUGAAUAGCUUUUGGGGCAGGUAAGAUGAUUUCUUUUGGACUUAAAUUUUUUUGUAAACAUUUUUAAUUCUUUGUGAUUUAUGUUGGAUUUUUUUUCAGAUGGGGUAUGAACGUCAACAAAGCCCAACUGA